AUGUCUGGCGCGGCACCGCAAUAUGAGGAACGUGGGGGACUCUUGCAUCGAGCCCACGCAUCCUCCGACACCAUGAAUUCCACUGCCCUGAGUAAUGGAGAGGCUCGGUCCAAUCCUACAACCUCAUCAUCGACUUCAAUAACAGAGCACGACUUCCGUUUUCCUCGCAGACCUGCCGAGCAAAAGCCGGGCGAGCUUUUCUCUGCGAUCUCGCACGCCGGACCGCAGGACUGGGGUUCCACGAGCAAGAGCAAGAAUAAGAGCAGCAGCAGCAGCAGCAGCACCGCAAACGCAAACGCACACGCAAAGGCGAGGACAGAGGCCGCGGGCGCGAGCGACUUGGACAAGCUGGAUUUCUCGGCGGCGAACAGUGCGCGCAAGGAAUUGCUGCGCGAGAGCUUCUUUCCGACAUGGAAAGACGACGCUACCAGCGAGGAGCUCGACAGCCCAGAUGAGAUGCAAAAGAAGGACCCGCUGGCGACGCAGAUAUGGAGGUUAUACAGCAAGACCAAGAAGCAAUUGCCCAACCAGGAGCGCAUGGAGAACUUGACCUGGCGCAUGAUGGCCAUGAGUUUGCGCAAGCGCAAGCAGGAGGAGGCGGCCAGGCAGAAUUCUGCAAACAAUCAUGCUGCGAGCAGUGCACCGAGUGGGAUUGCACAGCUGAGGAAAUCGUCGGACCAGACGCCGACAAAUGCGCAGCAGCCAGAACAUCCAGAUGCGAUGAACAUCGACGACCUCAUCUUCGCGGACAUUAUCUCUACGCCUGCUGGGAUUGGCGUGUCGCCUUCGCCGGAGCUCAAUAAGAAGGAACUUGAGAAGUCCUCCAAUGCCGUGGCCUCGGCCAUUCCAAUCAAGUUGCGGAAGGAAUCCUCCUCCCAAUUCGCGGUCCCGCAGUCCGUGCCAGUCCCGCAUCACAACCCGCGAAACAAUGAGGAGUUCAACUAUGUGCAAAGACAUGUUCGAAAAACGUCGAUUGACGAGCGACGCCCCCGGAAGCGACCAGCGGACUUCUCCCCCCAAGUACCAGCCGUGAACAGCGUCAUGAUACCCAACGACCCCGACCAUGAUGCGGACCUCAAUGAGUAUUCGCUCGAUCAGCCGCAUCCUGCGGAGAUGAUGCACCACAGUCAUCCGGGCAUGCCUUUCCAGCUCGACACGUUCAACAUGGAACACGACCCGAUCAUUACUUCCGCUGGCCCGUAUCAGCAGAACUUCCCCUUCUCGCCCUCACACUCCCCCCUCGUGCAGCACGGGCCCUUUUCCGCCAUGUACAAUAAUGCCUCGAUGCCCUCUUCCUCGCUGAACUCUAAUGAUUAUUACUCGCCCCCCGGAAGUGCUUAUCCAUCCGCUGUCUCGACACCGCAGCCAAUUCCGGAAAACCAGGAAGUGUAUUUCCAGCAGCGCGGCAUCGAUAUGCGACAUCAAAGGCCUCAUACAUUUAACCAUGGGCCCUCGAGCUUAUCGAAUUCGAUGGCUCCGCAGUACAUGUAUAAUGCUAACGGGGGCUCGAUGUUCACCGCUGUGACGGCGGGCGGACAGUCGAAUUCAUUCACAGCCCCUGGAUCUUUCGGAAUGACACAGCAUAUAGAUCCCUCGCAAGUAUUUCAAUCAGACCAUCCAGCGCGGUCGCCUGGCGUCAACAUGGGCCAUGAGAACAUGUUUAGCUUUGGAGCUGAUUCGGAUGGGGAUGAAGAGGAGGGGGGUGCGUUCGCGGACAGGACGCUCAUGAUGCAGCACGAGUUUGCGCAGUCGCCAAUGGAAGAUCCGAGCAUGGAGAUGGGACCAGGUGGUCUGCAGUGGGAUGCCAGUUUACCGGGACAGUUCAACACGCAAGCUGCGCGUUAUCCUGGUGGUCCGCCCAGGAAACAGGUUACGAUUGGAGGCACUGCCGAUAUGGGGUCUGUCGAGUGGGAUGGAUCGGGAGGCUCGCUAGGUAGAACGCACGCCUCGACGCAAUCGGUUUCCGAUAACCGUUCAAGGAAUGGAAAUGAUAGGAGGCAGAAGAUCCCGAGGACGGCAUCGACGCCAAACACGGCUUUGAUGGGUCAACGAACCGGCAUGUUCGAGCAGAUGUCGAACCCAAACUCGCCGCCUGAUCAAAUGUCUGGAUUUUCAUCAGUGGCUCCGAGUCGGCCGUCUUCCCCUGGAGGCUCCAAACAUGGCUCUUCGACGAAUCUUGCUGGUGCGGCGGGUGCUCAGGGCGAGAAUGGCGUUCCAACGACUUGCACGAACUGCUUUACGCAGACGACACCCCUCUGGCGACGAAACCCCGAAGGUCACCCGCUUUGCAACGCCUGUGGUCUUUUCCUCAAGCUCCACGGCGUCGUUCGACCUCUUUCCCUGAAAACAGACGUUAUUAAGAAACGCAACCGGGGAUCGGGUGCUUCACUCCCAGUUGGAGCCUCAGGCGGAGCUGCAACCCGGGCAUCGAAGAAGAUGGGCUCCCAACCACAAACUACCAGCGGUCCAAGCACGAGAAAGAACUCCAUCGUUGCACCAGCCUCUAGCACAGCGCCCGCUACCCAAGUCACAACUCCAACCUCCAAUCGCGCUCGCUCCGUCAAUGAAAGCCAGUCCCCGCCCUCUGUUACAGGUAGCGGAGGAGCAGGAGGGAGCACAGCCAGCACGCCGACUUCUUACCACGGCUCCGCUGGCUCGUCCGUUGGAACGACGGGGAUCUCAGGCGGCAAAGGCGUCGUACCAAUCGCCGCCGCUCCCCCCAAAGCAACACCCGGUCCCGGCGCCGCAGCAACAGCCACGCGCUCCCAAGCCGUAGCACCCAAACGGCAACGACGGCACAGCAAGUCCGUCUCAGCCAUCGAUCAAGCCAUGGACGUCGAUUCACCCGAGAACUCUACCGGCAGCAACGAAGCGGCCAAGGCGUUGAUGGGCAGUGCCGGCAGGAACGGAGGCGUGGGCCUCGCAAACGGGUUCGGCAUGGCGACGCGCCCGAUGGGACCCGGCGGCAUGGCGAUGGGCGGCAUGAUGGGCAUGCAGGGACAGCAGAUGAUGAAUCCUGGUGUGGGCGCGGGCACCGGACCGCAGGAGUGGGAAUGGCUGACCAUGAGUCUGUGA